AAAAAAAAAAAAACAUACAUCUUAGCUGUGUCCGCAUGAAUGAGAUGAAUAUAAGUUUUUCAAGUCAUAUUCACCAUCUGAAGUUGUCAGUCGUCUAUGCAUUAUGGAAGCAGCCUUCGAAGCAGCCGUGCGGUCCUGCACCAUGCUGGAAGGCUACAGCCCCAUGACCCAGGCCCUACUGGGGACUCUGUUCACCUGGGGUCUGACCGCUGCCGGAGCAGCUCUGGUGUUUGUCUUCUCCAGCCGACAGAAGCGCAUCUUGGAUGGAAGUUUAGGCUUCGCAGCUGGGGUAAUGUUGGCUGCUUCCUAUUGGUCACUGUUGGCACCAGCGAUCGACAUGGCAGAGGAUUCUGGGAAGUACGGCUCAUUCGCUUUCCUGCCUGUGGCUGUGGGAUUCACACUUGGGGCGGCUUUUGUUUACUUUGCUGACCUGGCGAUGCCCCUGCUGGGUGUCGGUGCUGACCCCCACAUAGCCUUGGCUCUGCCCCCCGACUCCAAGCUGGACAAAGAGAAAGAAGGGAGGCCGCCGAUCCAACUCUUGGACGAGGAGAUGACCAUCAGGAUAGGUAGAGCUGGACCCCUCUCAGAUAAAAUAGAGAAUGGAGAUGUGUACCAGAGGAGGAGAGGACCUCACUCCGGCAGCUCAGAUGGACAGGAAACAGGAAGUAGACAGCAGGAAGUCGGACAGACAGCAAGUAGCUGGCGACGAAUUCUUCUCCUCAUCCUUGCCAUCACCAUCCACAACAUCCCAGAGGGUUUGGCUGUGGGGGUCGGAUUCGGAGCCAUUGGAAAGACUUUGUCUGCUACUUUUGAAAGCGCCAGAAAUUUGGCCAUCGGCAUUGGCAUCCAGAAUUUCCCAGAAGGCCUGGCGGUGAGCCUGCCGCUCCGGGGUGCAGGGGUCUCUACGUGGACGGCCUUCUGGUACGGCCAGCUGAGCGGCAUGGUCGAGCCUAUCGCUGGGUUUCUGGGCGCCUUCGCCGUUGUCUUUGCAGAACCUCUGUUGCCAUACGCGUUGGCGUUCGCUGCCGGGGCGAUGGUUUAUGUGGUGGUGGAUGACAUCAUACCUGAGGCUCAAGUCAGUGGGAACGGGAAGCUGGCGUCCUGGACCGCCAUCCUGGGCUUCAUAGUGAUGAUGUCACUAGACGUGGGGCUGGGCUGAGGUCACCCUGACAACUGGCACCAUGUCAGCACAACCAGUUGCCAUGAUGUCACCACAAUGCAGCUGACCUCAGUCUUUAAAAAGGGGACCAAAUGAAGUGUUUGUUCUGAAACACUGUUUAUCCGUUUUGUUUGAAUUGUUGCUACUUGAAAUUGAGAAAUGAGGAGAGAAACACAGAACUGUUUUGUAGAACAAGUCGUGAGAAUGACUGGACUUGAAGACUCAUCUUUAAUGUCAGCAGUUAUUUCCUGAGAGCAGCUGCCACUUUUUUUUCUUUUUUAACAAAUUUCUGAAUAUGAAUGAAUAUUCUCCUGAUUCGAGAGCUUGUGAAUGGUUUGCUGAGGGAGCAUCGCUCUUUUUAGUUCUUCUUUUUCAAAAUCAUUGUUUUAAAACGGAAACAAGUUUUUGAGAGCUAAAUGAAUGUUAUUUUUUAAGUUGCCUUCUUCCAGUUUUUUUCCUCAUCAUGACAAUACUUGAAGUCUGGUGUUUGAUUUGGUCAUUUUUGGGACCGCCAAGGAAUGAUUCGAUUUUACUCACUCCAUUCUGACUUUAUCAUUGUCACUGCAAAGCAGCCAGGUGUGAUGUGAUGAUGGUGUACUGAAACAUGAAAUUCCAGAUGUGACGCAUCUGCACAAUUCAGACUUUUAUGGAGAUCCACCAGUUCAGACGUCACACUUGAUAUAAUUUACCUUAUCCUCCUCUGUAACAAACUCUAAAAUGAUACAGCGUCCUUCUUAGCCAAACAUAGUGCCUUCUUCUCCUCAUGGCACAGACAGUCUCCUGCCAUCUACAGGUCAGUCUGAAGAAUCCUGUCUAAUUAUUUAAAUGCAGAUGAAGUUAAUGCUAAUGUGAAGUAUUUAUAUAAUUAAACAACCAAGUGAUUCUCA